GCGGCCAUCAUCGUGCGACAGUCAGUUCAGGUUGGAUUUUUGCCAGCUGUUUGUGGGUACUGAAACACCCCACGAACGCCAUUAUAGUUAGGAAGGCAGAGAAGUUGCUUAAGCACUCCACGCUAACUGUAGCGUAGCCUUCGCCUCGCAGUCCUUCCUCUUGGCCGCGGCCUGUCAUCUCUCUUAUGGACGUGGGCGGUCCCCAGCAUCAGGACGCUUACCACCAGCUGCAGACUUCGCGCUCGCAGCGAACUCCGUCCAGCUCCAGCACGUCUGCUCACAACGAGAAGGGGUCGCGCAACAUGGCGCUCCGUGGAGGCCCCGACCCCGCCAUCGCUAGUAAGCGCGACGAAUCCUCCGACUUCCGCGUCGUCUCUCUUCCAGCCACGCAGCGACAGCGCAAUCUGCCAGCCAACGCGCCGCCCGAGUUCUGCUCCAACGUGGUGAUCACGUCCAAGUACACGACGUGGAACUUCCUGCCGCUCUUCAUGAUCGAGAGCUUCCGUAAACUGGCCAACGCCUACUUCCUGCUCGUGUCCAUCCUCCAAUGUAUCCGCAGUAUCAGUAACACCAGCGGAGUGCCUACGAACCUGCCCGUUCUCGUCUUCAUCCUGGCCGUCGACGGCGUGCUCGCGGUCAUUGAGGACCGCAGACGCCAUUUGGCAGAUAAAGAGGCCAACUCGGCGCAGUGUCAUGUUCUAAAGGAGACGUUCACAGGCACGGCAGAUGCUCUGAACCGCGCGGGAGGCGUGGACGACCCGGAAAUCGCACUGAUGCACUGGGCCGCUCUCACAGUCGGCUCAGUAGUGAAGCUACACAACCGCGAGACCGCCCCCGCCGACCUAUUAAUUCUUGCAGUCGCAGAGCCCAAUCCCAGCGAACCUGCAGGCAUUUGCUACGUGGAGACCAAGAGUUUGGACGGAGAGACGAAUCUCAAGCUGCGUCACGCCUGCGACGCCACGCUGCACGUGCGAACAGCAGCGCAAGUGGCCGCUCUGGGCGGUCAACUGCGCUGCGAGAACCCCAACAAGGCCAUCGGCCGCUUCGACGGUACUCUGUCUGUCACAGAAGGCACGAAAGUGGCCGAGACGCACCCGCAACCUAUCGCGAUCAAGAACGUGCUGCUUCGAGGCUGCCAACUGCGUAAUACCGACUGGAUCUACGGCCUCGUGGUCAACACUGGACCGGAUACCAAGAUCAUGCAGAGCGCGACGGCCACGCGUCCCAAGUGGAGCUCCAUCAACGAGACAGUCAACAAGAUGAUCAUCUGGCUGUUCCUGCUGCUGUGUUUCCUGUGCAUUAUCGCCACUACGGUGCAGGUUAUCUGGCUCAACAGUAACAUCGAAGAGAGCUGGUAUCUCAGCUGGUCGCCCAGUAUAUCGAGUCAGUGGUUCAUUGGCUUUGGCUACUACUUUUUGCUCAUGUACCAGAUGAUCCCAGUGUCUCUGUAUGUGACCAUCUCGAUGGUCAUGUUCAUCCAGGCCAUCUUUAUGACCUGGGACUUGGAUAUGUACUACGAAGAAGCAGAUGUACGCAUGAUCGUCCGAUCUAUGGGGCUGAACGAAGAGUUGGGCCAGAUCUCGUACGUGUUUAGCGACAAGACCGGCACUCUAACCUGUAACGUGAUGGAGUUCCGUAAAUGCUCAAUCAACGGCGUAUCGUACGGUACAGGAAUGACGGAGAUUGGUCGCGCUGCGCUUCGGCGUAAGGGAGUGGCGGUGCCGCCAGAGACAGAGCCAGACCCAGCCACACGUCGAGCCAAGAUCCCGUACGUCAACUUCGAGGACGUGCGCUUGUUCAACGCGUUGGAGAAGCCUAUCACGGACGACACAUCGAACCGCGAGGCCGAGUUCUUCCUGCAUCUGAGUCUGUGCCAGACUGUCAUCCCUGAGUCUGUGGAAGGCAGCUCGGAGGUGCGUUUCUCGGCUUCGUCACCGGAUGAGCAGGCGCUGGUGUCUGGUGCCAAGUUCUUUGGCUUUAGCUUUGAAUCCCGUGGCUUGGGUGUUGCUCGAGUGCGCGUGAAGCGUCCAGAACUGAUCCGUCGCUAUGCCAACGGCGCCACCGAGCCCAACACGUUGCUGGAGUUCAAGAUCCUGGAUGUCCUGGAGUUUACGAGUGACCGCAAACGUAUGUCGGUCGUGGUUCAGUAUCCUAAUGGAGAGUACUGGGUACUUACGAAGGGCGCUGAUAAUGUGAUUUAUCCCAUGCUGGCCAAGGGCAAGAGUGACCCGGAGAUGAUGAAGGAGACGAUGCGUCAUCUGGAGACGUUCGGUGACGAUGGCCUGCGUACACUUACGAUCGCACAGCGUCGCGUGGAUGAGAAGGAGUAUCUGAACUGGAGCGCACGCUUCAAGGACGCCAACUCGUCGUUGGAGGAGAUUGACAAGCGUAAAAACGGCCAACCGAACGAGAUCGACAAGCUGAUGACGGAGAUUGAGCGGGACUUGGAGCUUUUGGGCGCUACAGCUAUUGAGGACAAGCUACAAAACAAUGUGCCCAGGUGUAUUGCCAACCUCAUGCGUGCUGGUAUGCGCGUGUGGAUGCUAACUGGUGACAAACAGGAGACGGCUAUCAACAUUUCGUACGCCUGUCAGCUCAUGGACAACGACAUGCAGCAGUUCAUCUUCAAUUGCGACUUGUAUCCGACCAAGGACGCCAUCUUCUCGCAUCUGUCCGACGCGAAUGCGCAGAUCAAACGAGGCAACGGUCGCCACGCUGUGGUGAUUGACGGCGAGUGCUUGGAGUUGACGCUGGCAGACGAGCGAUGCCAGCACGAGUUCUUGGCGCUGGCUAUGGCUUGUGAUGCUGUCGUGUGCUGUCGUGUGUCCCCCAGUCAGAAGGCCGAAGUGGUGACGCUGGUACGCACAGCCAACAAGAAGGUGCGGACACUGGCGAUCGGAGACGGAGCCAACGACGUGGCGAUGAUUCAACGCGCUCAUGUUGGUGUCGGUAUCUCGGGCCAAGAAGGAAUGCAGGCUGUGAACUCGAGUGACUAUGCUAUUGGCCAGUUCUACUUCUUGGAGAAGCUCCUGCUGCACCACGGUCGUCUGAAUUACAAGCGCAUGUCCAUCUUGGCUGGCUACAUGUUCUACAAGAAUAUCGUGAUGGUACUGGCGCAGUACUUCUACAUGUUCUGCACGGGCUCGUCGGGUCAGAAGUUCUACGGUGAGUUGGGCUUCCAGCUGUACAACAUUGCCUACACUUCGUUGCCCAUCAUUAUGCUGGGCGUGUUCGACUACGACGUGCCGUUCGAAGUGGGUAUCCACUUCCCCGAGCUGUAUCUGGUGGGUCCGCGUAUGGAACUGUUCAACAACUACACGUUCUUCAAGUGGAUCUGCAGUGCCGUGUACGAGUCGGCCGUCAUCUUCGUGUUCGUCGUCUACGCGUUCAACGAGAACCUCUCCAAUGCCGGCAGCGCGCCGAUGGUGCAGUACGGACUACUGGCGUUCACGAUGGUGGUUCUGGUGGCCAACAUCAAACUGUGCAUGCUGCAGAUGUCGUGGACCGCGUACGGCACCGUCUUGUUCUUCGUGGGCGUCAUCGCGUACUUGCCGAUCACUCCGAUCGUUUCGAGCUACUGGAUUUCCAUGUUCUCAACGGAGUACGGCAGUUUCCAGAACACUCUGGGCCAAGAAACGUAUUGGAUGGUUAUCCCGGUGUGUCUGGUGGUGUCUCUGCUGCGUCACUUCACGUGGACGGCGAUCUGCCGUCGCUUCUACCCGGAUCCGUGGCAGAUUGUACAGGAGCAGUAUGUGCUGCACAAGGACAAGGACGCAAGACAGAAUCGCGCAAUGUCUCGCAUCGACAUGGAAGCUGGCAUCCCCAUGGUCAACGGAAUGUUGCAGGACGACGAGACGGCGUACAUCAACUCGUCGUCUCCUGGUCGCGGCUACAACCCCGCACAGGCACAGGCUCAGUUCGCCGGCAAGACCAGGGGAUCGGGCAGUGGAUUCGCGUUCAGCUACGACCCGCAGACGUCUCUGGCCGAGUCAUACAUGUCAACACACGACGUGCGUCAAUCAGCGUCGGCUAUGCAUGAGGCAGAACAGCGCGGCAGGAGGUCUCGAGAGGACUCGCGAGCGUCGGACUACGAGUCUUCACGCUCAGCUGCAGUCGUGGAUUCCACCAAGGGCUCCUCGUCUACGGGGCUGUUCGUCUAGCUGCGAGGAGGUUUAGUUACACUAUCACGACCGACGUGCGUUACUCUUUCAUACAGAGCCACGACAAGAGAAGAGAAGACUGUUUCGUCUUCCCCGGUCGUGCGAUUCUCUAAAUUUUAACUUUGUUUUACGUGUGAGAGCUGCGAGUUUCGAGACCAAGAACGUUGGAAGGCAGAGGCAAUGUACAUACGCAACAGGAUUCUAGCAAGUCUAACGGUGGAAUAUCAAAUGAUUCUCGAAUUUCUCGGUUUCGUAACAUGUUAAUAUCUCUACUUGCUACCACAUGAAGACACUGAGUAAUAAGGUGACGGCUGUUGCUAUGAAGCCACAAGACGUUGCUACAGCACUUGAGUCUGCCGUCACAUUCGGUGGUACAGUGUUGAUCGAGUUAAUGGUGGAGAUGCCAGUCUCGCUCUCUUCUGAUCCUGCUUGACUUGCAUGUGCUGGCUCGUAGUUCCAAUCUACCAAUGAAGCUGGACGUGUGAAGCUGCAGCCGUCGGCAUACUUGAUGGGCACGUGGAGACACGCGUUGGUGAAGUAAGUGCUCACUACGUCCACGAUAGAGCUGGGCAGGAAGUCUUGGAUCAACGGAAACACGUCGGCACCACUGACACAUUUGCCCGAGCCAAAUAGAGACUGCAGAUCGACGCCGUACGACUCGGAACUGUUGGCAGCGAGCGGAAGACCGUCGAUCCACGUAGCCAAGCGAUCCAGCGCUACCACGCAGCCGCUCGUCGUAUACUGGUUGCUUGUGACGGCUUCAACGAUGUCGCCGUCUGUGUUUGUGUAAGCCUCACCUUCAGCCUUGAGGCAGGUCUGGUCAGUGGGUACCUGCAAGUCCUUGAGAAGUGCCGCAGCUCGGUUAGCAGACGUGGUGUUGGCAACCACUUCCGAGCUCUGAAGGAACGUGUAGCCACAUCGUUGUGAGCUGGUGCCGUUGAAAGCCGGCGUCUGUGUGGCGCACAACACGUCGCCGAGGAGCUGCGCCAUCUUGGUGUAUUGGCCCGUGAUCGUGUAGUCAAAUAGCGCGACGCUCUCGCUCUCCCAGGCGGCACAGCAUCCGUUCGACGCCGUGGAGCGCAGUGUGGCCAGCGACGGCAGCAGCUGCGAGCGCAGACACGGCACGAAGCCGUCCACGUACAAGGAGCAUAUUUGCUCGACUUCGCUCUCGUCCACAAGUCCCAGACCUUCAAUGAAUGAGUCCAUCGCUCCACUGUCGCUGCUGCUUGAGGCGAUGGAGAAAUUGCCGAUCGCGUACUGCACCAGCGGCACGUUAAGCAGCUCCAACGCGUUGGCGCACGUAUCGACGGCUGUACUGGAGGCCAUUGCCUGGCCUAGCGACGUCCCGUUCAUGCUGGCAAGGCACGAACUGCCAGCGUUUGAGAUGAGGAACUUGCUGGCGGCCGAGUUGCCCAGCACAUUCACGAGCAGGUUGGCGUAUUCGUCACCUAUGACAGCACGCAGAGGCUCCAAAACCGGCGGAUUGCUGUCCGACAGUGUGGCCGAACAUGCCGACACGAGCUUCGUCUCGGCCGUGACGUCGUCGACUAGAAAAAGCGACAGCAGCGCCGCCGAAAGCACCAAGACGAGCAUUAGAUUCGAGUCUUCCCUCUUGGCUGAUCUGUGCGACUGGAGACUGCGGAAAGGACAUGAAAGUCAGUUUGGUGGACUUGUUGACAAGUUGUUGUAGAUGGGGCACACGGACAUGUAAAGUAGCAUUACAAGCUCCGAAGUAACGUGAAAGUAACAAUGAACUUCAACUUCACCCAU